CUCGUACUUCCUUAUCCUACCACUCACCCGGCCAUGCCCUUGCGGAUCACUUCUGCCCCUGUCGCUGGAAUCAAAAAGAACAGAAAGUCCAACUCUGUCAAGCCGCGCGUCUCUCCAUUCGCCGCACAUCCUCGCCGCAAAGCCACGGCCUCGUCGACAGAUGCUCCCAAUCCCGACUUCACAGAUGAUUACGAUCAAGGCUUGUUACCCGACUUGGGGCUGUCGCGGUACAUCUCAGAGACUGCCCCGGCGACCGAUGUGAUGCAGGCGAUUCACCACAUUCGAACCACUAUGUUCGAGGAUCUUCCUCAGCGGGCAGGGAUGAGUAGCGCCCGCAUUGCUGAAGUGCUGAAUCUCCGCCGGUCGAUCCCCCCGCUUGCCUCUGUGGCCCACGUACAUACACUACUCGAUGCGCCGACCAAAGUCGAAAAAGAAAUCAUGGAGUCGGUUUCUACGGGCCGCGUACGACGCUUGAUCGUGCCAGGAAGAGGCAAUGAUGCUGCGGGCCUGGGCGACUGUCUGGUUCUCGCUGACGAGUGGGAUCAGCUGGUGCAAGACAGCCUUACGUUGGAGGAAUCAUUAAAAGAGAAAUUCCGACGAGUCCUAAGUCGCAUCGGAAAUAACACUGCCGUUCCCGGUGGCGCCUUCACGGUACCUGAAAUUAUGGCCUUGAUUCGCGCCGGGUUUCUUGUUUCCUCUUCGUCCUUGGCCCAGGGCGCCUCGGGUGUCACAUCACUUCCUGCACUGCCGGCCAGCUCAGCUGUAGCUGCUGCUGCGAGCCGAAAAAGUCAGCUUGAUGCGGCGAGCGACAACGCCGAGACUGAGCAUAACACGUUCUUUCGAACCGCAACCCUCUUUCUUUCCUUGCCGAAUACAGGACCAUAUCUUCGUCUCCUGGGCGCCAGUCGGUCCCACCUUCUUUCGCUCUUGAAUCGGUCGGGUGCGCGGGAGAUGCCAUUGUACCUUCUUCGGGACCGAUGGGACGGAGCCGUCGAGAAUGGUCAGAGCUUUAGCAUUGCUAAGAGAAUAAGGGGAGAGUUUGCGGGUAUUCUGCCCGGUCGCACAAAAAAAUGGAAGCAAUUGUACGGGAUGAGCUUCCGUUGGGCCCUUGAGGAAGCCCUUGGAGCCGGGCUUAUUGAGCUUUUCGAUACGGGCAGUGUUGGCCCGGGAGUGCGCCGUCUUUAAUGGAGGGCCGAUGACAUUGACAUAUUUGAUACCCUUUGAUGUUUAUAUAGUGUACUACGACUAGAUGAGAUGUCUCCUUAGCAUGAAGCCAUGAUAAUAUAAU